CUCGCAAAGGUUCGUCCAAGAUAAAGAACAAAAUGGGACAGUCGAAUCCGGGCAGGGCUGUCUCAGCACGGCCAAGCCAAUCACGGGGCAGCGCAGGGGGAUCAACAACGCCUGGGGUCGUGUUCGCUGAGGAACCAGAAUUUGAGAUGCAGAUCAACAACGAGAUGAACGAAGAUUAUGAUGAUCAAGAGGUGGCGGUUGAGGAGGAGGAGGAAGAGGAGGCAGAGGAGGAGGAAGAGGAGGAAGAGGAGGAAGAGGAGGAAGAGGAGGAAAAAGAAGAAGGAGGAGCAGGAGAAGGAGCAGAGGGAGAAGAGGAAGAAGAGGAGGAAGAGGAGGAAGAAGAGGAGGAAGACAUGGAUUUUGCGUGUGGGAAGGGGAAAAAGAAAUGGUGCACAGUGGUAUUGUCACAGCACAAUACCACAGUGCACAAUGGUAUUGUCACAAUACCACAGUGCACAAUGGUAUUGUCACAGCACAAUACCACAGUGCACAGUGGUAUUGUCACAGCACAAUACCACAAUGCACUUUGGUAUUGGACAGCACCACAGCGCACUUUGGUAUUGGACAAUACCACAACGCAUUGUGGUCUUGGACAAUACCACAGCGCACUCUCGUUUUUGACAAAACCACAGUGCACUUUGGUAGAGUCCAAUAGUGCGAUGCGGUAUUGUGCUGUAACACUGUGGUUUUGGACCGUACCACAGUGCACUGUGGUAUUGGACCACACCACAGCGCACUUUGGUAUUGGACAAUACUACAUCGCACUGUGGUUUUGGACAGUACCAGAUCGCACUGUGGCUCUGGACAGUACCACUGUGCGCUGUGGUAGAGUCAAAUACCACAGUGCGCUGUGGUUUUGUCGAACACCCCAGUGCGCUGUGUUAUAGUCCAAUACCACAGCGCACUGUGGUAUUGGACAAUACGACAGCGCACUGUG